AUGAAGGCAGGUGGGCUUGGCAAUGUUGCUGGGGCUUUACCGAAGGCCUUGGCUCAGCGUGGACAUAAAGUUAUGGUUGUGGCACCACCGUAUGGUAACUAUACAAAAAUCCAAGAAACAGGAGUGCGCAAGAGAUGUAAGGUGGAGGGGCAGGAUAUAGAGGUAAUUUUCUUCCAAGCUUAUAUUGAUGACAAAGAUUUUGUGUUCAUGGACAGUCCUAUGUUUUGUAAUAUUGAGGAAAAAAUAUAUGGGGAAAGCCGAGAGGAUAUUUUAAAACGCAUGGUCCUCUUCGGUAAGGCCGCUCUAGAGGUCCUCUACUGUAAGCAUACCCGGUACAGCAUUCUUAUGAUCCACAAUAGAGCACAACGGGGUCGUGGUCCAGUACGUGAUUUCUGUUAUGUGGACCUUUCACAAAACUACUUCAAACUAUAUGACCCAGGAGGUAGGGAACACUUCAAUGUCCUUGCGGCUGGCCUGAGUGCCGUAGAGCGUGUAGUCACUGUAAGCCAUGGCUAUGCCUGGGAGCGGGAAACAAAAGAAGGUGGCUGGGAUCGGCACCAAAUAAUCCAGCGUGAUGCACGGAGAGACGGGGCAGUCCCUAUUGUUCAUACUGUUGCUGGACUGAGAAAUUGUGUGUAG